AUGGCCCAGCGACUAAGAAAGAACCACGAUUUUCUUAAGCUCCUCGUCAAGUGUACCCCAACUCAACGUAAAGCAAUUUUGAAAGCAGCCGACGACGCUUUAGUAAGAACCAUUUGUGAGUGUGUAUUCAACGUACUUAAAGAAACAGUCCCCGUCAGUAAACCGGCAAAGAGAAAACUUCUUAAGCACAAGAAAGCCUUGACUGCUCUAGCUGAAAAGAGUACCCCACUAAACAAGAAAAAGCAAAUCUUGAUACAACACGGAGGAAACUUUUUAAGUGUUUUGCUACCUCCCGUUCUUCGAGUGUUGAGCUCGCUUCUUAGUUAAGAUGAAUCAUACAAGACGCAUGGUUCUCGUUCCUGAAAACACUCUGGAACGAUUGCAGCAACGCCAGCAGAUAUUAACACCACCUGUAACACAAACUCUGAAAAAUCUGGAUAGCCAAAUGGAGGAUAUUUUGGAAAGUAAACAACUUGGUGAUGAGGAAAAGGCGAAGCUUUACAAUCAGGUGUUGCAACGGUACUUGACUUAUUACGAUCAGCGGAAAGGCCAGCCUCUCCAUGUGAAGUUAACGACCCCUAAAACAACAGAAACCCCCAAACCAGUUGAGAACGCAGAAUCUACAGAGGAAGCUUCCCCAGAUAAUUCUCUUCCAACAGCAGUAGAGGAAGAGGUCAUGAAAAGUGUACCCAAAAUUUACAAAGCUGGGGCUAGACAGUUGUUGGAUAAAAUUAUAAAACACCAGGAUGUGUUGCACUGGAAUGAUAAAGGAGAGCUGUUGUAUGAAAACAAACCAAUCCCAGGUUCUCAUGUGGUCGACCUAGUCAACGACACAUUGCGUCACCGAAAAGGAUUUGAACCAGUGGGAUGGUCCGUGUUUGCGAGGGGCCUGGCGCGAAUGAAUGUCCCCGAAAACUUGGUUCGUAAUUCCCAACGUCAGAGUGCUAUAAGAGAGUUUAAAGCAAGAGUGAGAGAGGAGACCCCAGAAAGUCCUUCGCGUUGGCUACCCACCCCACCUGUGACGUUAUCUUCUGUCAAAAAGCAGAGGCGCAGAGUCGAGAGUCCUCGCCCUCAGGCUGUGCGCUGGUUACGGUUAUAA